UGUCGAAGAAAGAAAGUAAAAUGUGAUGGAGCACAAGCUAUCUGUGGUAAUUGUGCAUCCUUAGGUUUACCUUGUACUUAUAAAGAAUCAACAAAAAAGAGAGGUCCACCUAAAGGUUAUAUUGAAGCAAUUGAAGGUCGAUUGCAUCGAUUGGAAGCU